AUGGCUCGCGCUCUCUACAAUGGAAAGAUUCUCUUCUCCGCCCUCUCUGAUGGCAUUAUUUUAAGCAGCGGGAGAUUUUCUUCGUCGGCGGCGGCGUUUUCCGAAAAGAAUUUGCUGGAGGAGAAGGCGGUGCUAAUCACGGGAAUGAAGAAAUCGGGAUCGGCAACGUCCGAUGCGGCGGCAGCCUCGAUGCAUUGGGUCCCAGAUCCUGUCACGGGCUAUUAUCGACCGGCUAACCGCAUCCAAGAGAUAGAUCCAGCCGAGCAGCGCCAAAUGUUUCUAAACAACAAGAAAUAG